GGAGGAUGGCGGAGCUGCACGCCAGGUGAUUUUCCCGGUGUCGCAGAGUAAGCGGUGUGACAGCAUCCCGCGCCUGUUUGUGCCUGCAGAAGGUGUUUUCAGCGAGUCGUAGGUAUUUUUCUCUCAGAAAUGGCAAAAAAGCUGUUGUAACCUUAGAAAAACUAGUACGGAGCAUUUGACCUUCUAAUCUCUACAGUUGAGUCUCCUGGUACCAGGAUUAAGAAAGAGUGCCUUCAGAUCCAAUAUGUAGCAAAUGGGUAUCACACUUCUGAAACUCCUCCCUUGCUUCACCACUUGCAUGUUUUAAGGAUCCUUGUCCCCUCAGCAGUUAAUUGUUCUUUUGAACUUCAGAAACGGAUUUCAUGUGGUGCUUGCUAAACACUGAGUCACCAUGAGUAGUAAUCUGGGAAAAGAAAAGGACUGUAAAGAGAAGGAUCCAAAAGUCCCAUCAUCAAAAGAAAGGGAGAAGGAGGCCAAAGCCUCUGGAGGAUUUGGUAAAGAGAGCAAAGAAAAGGAGCCUAAGACCAAAGGGAAAGAUGCCAAAGAUGGAAAGAAGGACUCCAGUAGCACGCAGCCUGGGGUAGCUUUUUCAGUGGACAAUACAAUAAAAAGACCUAAUCCAGCCACAGGUACCCGCAAAAAAUCCAGCAAUGCUGAAGUAAUCAAAGAGCUAAAUAAAUGCCGGGAAGAGAAUUCAAUGCGCUUGGACUUGUCCAAGAGGUCUAUACACAUGCUUCCAUCAGCUAUCAAAGAGCUAACACAGUUAACAGAACUUUAUUUAUACAGUAACAAAUUGCAGUCCCUACCCGCAGAGGUGGGCUGUCUUGUGAACCUGAUGACACUGGCCCUGAGUGAAAACUCACUCACCAGUUUGCCUGACUCUCUUGAUAACUUGAAGAAACUGCGCAUGCUUGACCUGCGGCAUAACAAACUUAGAGAAAUCCCCUCGGUGGUGUAUAGGCUAAGCUCUCUCACCACUCUUUACCUACGCUUUAAUCGUAUAACUACUGUGGAAAAGGAUAUAAAAAACUUGUCAAAACUCACCAUGCUUAGCAUACGAGAGAACAAAAUCAAGCAACUACCUGCUGAAAUUGGUGAGUUGUGUAACCUCAUAACGCUGGAUGUAGCGCACAAUCAGCUUGAACAUCUUCCAGAAGAGAUUGGAAGCUGCAUGCAGAUCACCAACCUUGACUUGCAGCACAAUGAGCUCUUGGACCUGCCAGAAACCAUAGGCAAUCUGUCCAGUCUAAGUCGUCUUGGCCUGAGGUACAACAGGCUCUCAGCAAUUCCGAAGUCUUUAGCAAAGUGCAGUGAACUUGAUGAACUGAACCUGGAGAACAACAACAUUUCUACUUUACCAGAGGGUCUUUUAUCCAGUCUCGUCAAACUGACUAGUUUAACACUGGCCAGGAACUGCUUCCAGUCCUAUCCCGUGGGUGGCCCAUCCCAGUUCUCCACAAUCUACUCCCUCAAUAUGGAGCACAACCGCAUCAAUAAAAUCCCUUUUGGAAUUUUCUCUAGAGCUAAAGUAUUAAGCAAGCUGAACAUGAAGGACAAUCAGCUGACCUCUCUCCCCCUGGACUUUGGGACUUGGACUAGUAUGGUAGAACUGAACUUAGCGACUAAUCAGCUCACCAAAAUCCCUGAGGAUGUAUCUGGGCUUGUUUCUCUUGAGGUUCUUAUCUUGUCAAACAAUCUACUAAAGAAACUUCCCCAUGGAAUUGGAAAUCUACGGAAACUCCGAGAGUUAGAUCUAGAGGAAAACAAACUGGAAUCCUUGCCAAAUGAAAUAGCUUACCUCAAGGAUCUGCAGAAAUUGGUUCUCACUAAUAAUCAGCUGACCACACUUCCCAGAGGUAUUGGUCACCUUACCAAUCUGACACACCUUGGGCUUGGAGAGAAUCUUCUUACACACCUGCCUGAGGAAAUUGGUACACUGGAGAAUCUGGAAGAACUGUAUUUGAAUGACAACCCCAAUCUACACAGCCUUCCCUUUGAGCUGGCUCUUUGCAGCAAACUGUCUAUAAUGAGUAUUGAGAACUGCCCACUCAGCCACCUUCCACCUCAGAUUGUUGCAGGAGGACCCUCCUUCAUCAUUCAGUUCCUAAAAAUGCAGGGACCAUAUCGUGCCAUGGUCUGACGUGAAUCGGAUUUGUCCAAUACACUGUACAAAAUACAAACUGCAUUAAUGUUGUAAUUGUCUGUAUAUGUAUAUAUAAUAUAAUAUAUGUGCUUUAUAUUAUAUUAUAUAUAUAUAUAAAUAAUAUAAAAAAGGCAAAUUUAAGACUGCAUUAUGUGUUUCUGCUAAUAGAGGAAUCAUAGCCAUUUAGAUUUUUUUUUUAAUUCUGUAAAAAAUGCUUGUCUUAAGUUUUCUUUGCUGAAUUUGAUGGAAGUUGUCUGAAUAAUCUGGAAAUGCCAGUUCAUUCAAAGUGAUUGCCAAUGAACUCAAAAGUUUUAAAUUUAAGGGACAAAAAUAGUUCUGCUUAGAUUUACUUUCACUUAAGAGAAAUGUAUAACCUUUAUAUAAUGAAUUUUUUCUGGUUUCCUCCCUCUUUUUUUUGGGUUGGUUGUUUUUUGGUUGGUUUGGGUUUUUUUGGGGGGGUCAAAACCUGAAGGGGUCACGUGUCCUAAGGUUGGGAUUUUUUUUUUCUUUUAAAUUAUUUUGAGAUUUGAAGCAAAUGGUGGUUUUAUAUUGUUUACAGUCAGAGUAAAUCACUGGAUUUUGUUUUAUUCUGAUUUGCUCUGUUUUAAUCAAUCAUAUCUAGAGUUUCUAUGCCUCUGCUGAUGACUUUUUAUCAGCCGGUUUGUAUACUAAAAGCAUUUACUCAUCAGAACAACAGGCAGGUGAAAAUGAUGCAGUCAAAACAAAAGACAAAGGUAAAAAAAAAAAAGCUUGAAUUCCUUUAAAUCUUGCUUCCCUGAGUUAUCAGUUGCAGGCAUAACAUAUCUGAACUGAGCCUUUUGAGGUUGGUCUUUUCUAGCACAAGUGAACCUUUUCAUAUUGGUAAAACCAUUGAGUAUACUCGGUGAAGAAGAGUGGUUUUCAUUUCGUGAAGUAACAACCCUAUGAGGUCUAACAGUACAGUUAAGUGGCAAGGAAAUAAUAUAUAUGUACAUUUUUAUUACAAUCUUGAGUCAUAAAACUACAACAGGCAAUUCUGAGGAUUGCUUAUAGUCCUUGUACAAUAAAUGAAUGUGUCUUACUUUUAAACACUGCAAUAUAUGUAAGUUUUAAGGUCGGUUAACAAUGUACUAUGGUUUUAUAUCUUGACUUGCCUUGUACCUCCUUCCAUUAUGGAACUUCUGUGUCCAAGCACAAUAUCUUCACACUGUGCUGUUUUGCUGCUGAACUAAAUGCACUUUUCCCCACAGCUGGGGCACUUGCUUCAAAAUAUUCAGUUCAGUAUCUUGGUUAUUCUUUCUUAACUUCAUCCUAUCUGCUUCAGUAUUAAACCGAUCUAUUAAAAAAGAGGCACCUUUUUCAUUUGUGCAUAGAUGUUGGUAGCUCAAGAGAAAUACUCUUAAGUAGUGGACAUCAGUUUUAUCAUGACUUUCUUGGUUGUUUAAAAGGCAGAAGAUGCUUCAGGGAGAUUUACACUGUUGCUGCACUUGCAGGGCCAAGUUGUCUGUUUUCAGGAGAGUAGAAACUCAAGGUGGUUGCAUUCCAUAGUUACUCCAGAACUGUCCAGUUUAUAUUAAUUGGAAUUGCUGCUGGAAUAGUGUGACUUACAGGACUGUACCUUUUGAACAAAAUCAAAUCAACUGAUGCCAGGGGAAAAGCUAUUUCACGUGCAGAAGUCUGGGUAAUAUUAUUUCUGGCUUUCAGGCACCCUUCAGACACACUGCUUUGAUCUAUUUGCAUUCUGUUUCAUUGUAUGUCUUUUCAUUAACAAGGAGUAAGUUUAAAUGGAAGGCAGGUGGAGAUAUAAAACCUUAGAGGGCUUAAACAUGCUGUAAAACUAUUGUAGAUGUCACUGGAUUUUGCUAAGUAAUGUUCUGUUCUUUCUCACACACUGUCUCUCUGUCUCCCCCCCCACCUUUUUUGUCUCUUUUUUUUUACACCUACUGUAGCUUUUCAGUUUAGACUGUAGUUCAUGAAAGGCUAGUUCCUUGCAGUUCUGCCUGAAGUUAGUCUUUCUCAGCAUUAAGGUAUUAAAAUAUGAAGAUGCUGAAAUGCUUGGUAUUGAGACUGUAAGCUGUCUUCUGAUCAUACUGCUAAAUCUGUAUUUGUGCCCUCAGGUCACUACAGGAAACUGGUUUAAUUGAUACGGUUCCUUAAAACAAAAGUAGCGACCUCUUGUGUUUUCAAGCAUCUUGGUCUCAUUCCCUGUCUGCUUCUCAAUCCCAUUUUUCUACGAGCUGACAGGAUUGAAUUUGCUUAGUUUGUAAAUAUGUCGAUUAUUCACCUUCUCGAGGUACAUGGUUGAUGACUGUAUGAUUGGAGCUGAACCUCUGUCACAUAAAUUCAUGUGAAGAAGUUAGCUACCAAAAUAGUGCUCGUUACUCUCGCUUGAAAAACAAACUAUUCUUUUCAUUACACUUAGAGGAACAAAUAAAGCUAUGUUUUAAUUCAUGACUAUAUUAAAAACAGGAUAUUUUUUCAAA